CGCGCGCGCCCCCCCCCCCCCUCCGCCCCUCCCCGCCCCCCGCCCCGCCCGCGCCGCCGCUGUCACUCGCCGCCCGGCUCCGGUGCGGACUCCCCUGCAGCGGCAGGUAACUUUGCUGAGAGAUGGCGGAGCAGCGUCAGGACAUCACCAUGAUGGAAGAUCAUGCAGCUGGCCAGGAGAAGCACAUCCCAUCAGGCUAUCCCCUUCAGAUACCAGUCGAUGAUGGAUCGGAUGAGCCUGUUUCUGAAACAUCUGACGCUAAGAGCACCCCAACUACGGAAGAUGCCACAGCACCUUUAGUGGAGGAAGGAGACCACGAGGAUCAGGGUGGUGUCGAACAGCACGGGGAGAUCCCAGAAGGAACCACAGCUGAAGAGGCAGGCAUAGGAGCCACACCCAACCUGGAGGACCACGCUGCAGGAGAUGCCGCUCAAGGGGAGCCAAGCUCUCCAAAGCUACAACCUGGCCCUCAGGAGCGUGUGGAAGAUGCAAUAAAAAGAGAAAGCCAGCCCACAAAGCAGGUAGCUGGCGUUCUUCAGCAGCCUCUUCUGUCGCAUGAAACGAAGGCUACAACGGCAGCUCCUACCAGAAUCGAGGUCACCAUCCCAAUACCCCUGGAUAUGUACCAAGACUCCAGAGCAUCUGAAGGCAGCAAUGAGUUGUGGGAUCAUCGAGGCAGAGAAGGCAUUGGUGUGGAUCCAGCACUGGGAACAGAGCUAGGUCGUGAUGUGCGCACUGAGGGGCUGGCAGGAGCAGGUGGCACAGAUGACUCCCAUCUUAAAGAUGGGCCAUCUCCUUUAUAUACCAGAGCUCCAUUAAAAGAAGAUGCUAGUGGACGGGAAAGAGAUGAGGACCGUGAUAUUGAUGAAACUUCUGAACAGGAUUUGCUUUCCCUGGUGGGAAAACAUGUUUCGUCAGAACCUGAAAUGGGCUUGUGUCCAGCAACAGCCAAGAAAGCUCUUGAAGAAUAUGCCUUUGAAGAAAACGAGUCCAAAGAUGUCCUCAGAGACAUCCCAAGAAAGGCAAUUCUUGUUGAAACUGAAUCACAUAAAGCAGGAGAGGACCAAGAGGAGAGGAGACAGCCAUUGAAGGGGGAAGAAGACACACAUGUCACCCCACCAGAGCCUUCUGAAAUCAUCUCUGAGAAAGAAGCUGAACCCAGGGAGGGAGAAGAUUCUGGACCCUUGCUAGAAACAGCCAAACUCCCUGUUGAGUUAAAAGAUGACAUGGAAGACAAAGAUGCUCCUUUGGAAGAGGCUGUGCCAGAUACAGGAGGACGCCGGACGCCCAAGAAGAAACCCUGUGCUCAUGUUGCAGAUAAAGCCGUCAGUCGUGUGCCUCUCCUAAAAGGUCGUAUUGACAGCAAAGACAAGGAAGGGACUGAAGCUGAGGAAAAGAAACCGAAGAAAUCCUCACCUUCCACUGCCAAACCCCCAGGCGAUAGACCCUCCAUCCCCCCCCAACGACACACCUCCUCUAGCACAACCCCUUCGAAAACACCCUCCAGCCCUGCUUCCACCUCUAAACGAGUCUCUUCUGUCACAUCCCGACCUGCCAGUACAGGAACGCAAGAAACGAAAGCCAAGGGCCCGGAGAUGAGAGGUGGCACGAAGACGGGCACGCCGCGAUCUGCAGCUGGGCAGGCUCAGAGGAACUCGACCAAUGCCACGCGCAUCCCAGCAAAGACGCCCACGGCCCCCAAGACGCCUCCCAGCUCCGGCAGAAAGGAGCAGAAAAAACCACCUCCUGCAGCAGCAAAGUCUGAGAAAGGUGAGCAGCCAAAGUCUGGAGACAGAAGCGGUUACAGCAGUCCCGGCUCCCCCGGGACUCCAGGCAGCCGUUCCCGCACUCCCUCUCUGCCCACCCCACCAGCCAGGGAGCCCAAGAAGGUGGCAGUGGUUCGCACACCACCGAAAUCUCCUGCUUCUGCCAAGAGCCGCAUCCAGCCGUCAGCCGCACCCAUGCCUGAUCUGAAAAAUGUGAAGUCCAAAAUUGGCUCAACUGAAAACCUGAAGCACCAGCCUGGAGGUGGCAAGGUGCAGAUUAUUAAUAAGAAGCUGGACUUUAGCAGCGUUCAAUCCAAGUGUGGCUCAAAGGAUAAUAUCAAACACAUCCCAGGAGGAGGCAGUGUGCAGAUUGUUAAUAAGAAGUUGGACUUUAGCAGCGUUCAAUCCAGGUGUGGCUCAAAGGAUAAUAUCAAACACAUCCCAGGAGGAGGCAGUGUUCAAAUCGUUUACAAGCCAGUUGACCUGAGCCAUGUGACAUCCAAAUGUGGUUCCCUGGGCAACAUCCAUCACAAACCAGGUGGUGGCCAGGUGGAGGUGAAAUCUGAGAAACUGGACUUCAAAGAUAAGGUGCAAUCGAAAAUCGGGUCCUUAGAUAACAUCAGCCACGUCCCUGGAGGAGGAAAUAAAAAGAGAGAGAAAGGCAAGGAAGACAAGACCUGUCCCCAGGCUGCUCGGACCCCGAGCCCAGACCCCGCUGGGCUCCAGGCCCUGGUGCUGGAGCCGCCCACCCCCCCGGAGAGCCAGCUCCCAGCCUUGCACUCGGCUGGGGAGGGCACCAAUUGAGACUCAUAAGCUGACUUUCCGUGAGAACGCCAAAGCCAAGACCGACCACGGCGCUGAAAUCGUCUACAAGUCCCCCACCAUUUCCGGAGAUGCCUCCCCGCGCCGCCUUAGCAACGUCUCCUCCACCGGCAGCAUCAAUAUGGUGGACUCCCCCCAGCUCGCCACGCUAGCCGACGAAGUGUCUGCUUCGCUGGCCAAGCAGGGCUUGUGAUCGGGGCACGGCGGGCAAAGAUGAGAGAAGACAAGGAAAAAAAAAAAGAAAAAAAUAAUAA